AUGAACGUAUCUUUCAGAAGCAUCUCCUGGGACAGCUCUUCUCUGGAAACUACAGAGCCUGAUAUUAAUUGCCACAUUGGGAGAUCUGUGUCCUUGGGAUCUUCCCAGAUUCAUUGCCCUGUGACCUCUCUUAGCUUCUCCUGCCUUGCUGAUCUUCAGGGAGCUCCACCUCAAAUAACAGUCCCUCCAACCAGUACGUGGGCCUUAGGCAUCGAGUUGGCAUUUCAAGGAAAAAUAACCUCUCCAGAAGUUAUUGCAAAAAGUAACCUCUCCAAAAAUGAUGCCUCUCCAGAAGUUGACGUUAUCUCCAAAGAAAACUCCUUCUUCUACCAUGAGCCUUCCUGUGCCUCUCUGUACAGUGUCUGGCCCUUCGUGUCCUUUGCCGCAGCUUCUGAAGGAGACUGCCAAGAUUUAGUUCUCCCGGGCACGGGUGAUGGGCACCAACAGCAGCCCCUGUUGAAGACAACAUCAUCCUGGCUGGGCUUCUCGGAUCAGCCCAGCCUGGAAAAGAUACUCUUCGGGGUUGUUUUGGCAUCAUACCUCCUGACUCUGGUGGGAAACACAAUCAUCAUUCUGAUCGCUUCCACUGACCCUCAUCUCAAAACACCCAUGUACUUUUUCCUCACCCACCUCUCCCUAGUUGAUAUCUGCUUUACCACCAGUAUUGUCCCCCAGCUGCUGUGGAACCUCAGGGGACCAGCCAAGACCAUAACCGCCCUGGGCUGUGCUGUCCAGCUCUAUGUCUCCCUGGCUUUGGGCUCCACUGAGUGUGUUCUCCUGGCUGUCAUGGCUUUUGACCGCCACGCUGCCGUUUGCAAACCUCUCCACUAUGCAGCUGUGAUGAACCCACGGCUGUGCCAGGCCCUGGCAGGGGUUGCAUGGCUGAGUGGAGUAGGAAACGCUCUCAUCCAGAGCACUGUCACCCUCUGGCUGCCUCGCUGUGGACACCGGCGGCUCCAUCAUUUCUUCUGUGAGGUGCCUUCCAUGAUUAAGCUUGCGUGUGUGGACAUCCACACCAAUGAGGUCCAGCUAUUCAUUGCAUCCCUGGUCUUGCUCCUCUUGCCCUUGGCACUGAUACUGACGUCCUAUGGACACAUCGUCAAGGCAGUUACUAGGAUCAAGUCAGUCCAGGCCUGGCGCAAAGCCCUGGGGACAUGCGGAUCCCACGUGAUGGUGGUGUCCCUCUUCUACGGGACCAUCACCGCUGUGUACAUCCAGCCCAACAGCUCUUAUGCCCCUACUUCUGGGAAAUUCAUCUCCCUCUUCUACACGGUACUGACUCCAACCCUCAACCCUCUCAUCUACACACUGAGGAAUAAAGAUGUGAAAGGAGCUAUGAGAAGACUAUUUCACAGGGACUUGGCCUCAUAA